CCUCUGGAUACGCCUCGGACCCCGCCUACUCACCAACAACAUCUCUUAGCCAGAACAACCUGUGAGGCCCGCUCUACUGGCUUACAUGUAGUCUAUAACCAGCUCCUUUUUUGUUGUAAUGGGCGACCGCGGCCGUGGGUGACUCGCUCUCAGCAGCGCAAUAGUUAACCAUCACCGAAUGCGCGGUUCUAUGUUGCGUGUGUGGUGCCCUCACUCAAGCAGACCGCGACAGUACGAAGAUGGCGUCGGAGGGAGCAAGCGGGGAGCAACCUCCUUCAAUACAAACGCUGGCGACAACGGCGAUGGGAAGUGUGGACGCGAAAUGUGAGUUCAACAUGGACAGUCUGAGCAAACCAGAGCUCCUCACCUUGCUGAGCAUCAUGGAGGGAGAGCUGGAAGCACGGGACCUGGUCAUUGAGACCCUGAGGGCACGGAGGAAGGAGGUGUUCCUCCAGGAGCGCUAUGGACAGUACAGCCUGACGGACCCCUUCCUCGCGCUGCAGAGGGACUUUGAGGGCCGGGCCCCGGGGCCGGACAAGGACCGGCGGCCCCUGGGGUCCAGCCCGGUGUCGGUGCUGGAGGCGGUCAUGGCCCACUGCAGGAAGAUGCAGGAGCGCAUGGCGGCCCAGCUGGCCAACGCCGAGACCCGGCAGAAGAGGCUGGAGAUGGAGAAGCAGCAGCUCCAGAGCCUGGAGCUGGACCACCGCAAGCUGACGGCGCAGCUGAAGGACGAGCGGGAGAAGAACAAGCACAUCGUCAUGAUGCUGGUGCGCGAAUGCAAGCAGCUGGCCACGCGCGUGGUGGAGGAGUCGCAGCGCUUCGACGAGCUGCAGGCGCGCCUGGACGAGGAGGGCGGGGCCUCGGCACGGCUGGGGGAGGAGCUGGCGGCCGCACGGCAGAGCGGCCAGCAGAUGGAGGCCAAGAUGGAGAAGCAGCUGUCGGAGCUGGACACGGAGCGGGAGCAGCUCCGCGCCCGGCUGGGCCGUGAGGAGACGGAGUGCCUGAGCCUCCGCCGGCAGCUGGAGCAGCUCAGGACUCCGCCACAGGCGGCGGCGGCGGAGCCAGAGGCCGCCGCUACGUUUCCCCCCAUGCCGCUCUGCUCUGUGGGCGUGGCCACGGAGCCCAUAAGCUCGCGGACUGCGUCCUGCCAGACGGACCCGCCCCUCGCCGAGCCGGAGGGUCCCAAGAAGACCCCCCUCAGCAUCCCGGUCAAACCCGGCGCGGGCUACGCGGGCCUCAGCCUGCCCCGGUCGGGGGGGCGGGGGAUGGUGCACAGCAGUUCGGGGGGGCUGGCCCAGACGGAGAACGGCGCGGAGGGCGCGCCCCCCCACGGCGCGCCCUCCGGCGUGAGCCCCCGCGUGCAGGCCGCUCGCUACAAGUUCCAGGAACAGGACCAAAACGGGAGCGCCUCGCAGAGCCCGCCGUCCCGGGACCUCUCGCCCACCAACCGGGAUCACCUGGUGGCCAAGCAGCAGGCGCGCCACACCGUCACGCAGGUCCUCUCGCGCUUCACCAGCCCGCCAGCGGGGGGCGCCGGGCGGGCCGGCCUGCCGCACUCGGCCUCGGAGGGGGGUCCGUUCCCCGGCCGCCUGGGCCACCCCAUCGGCCUCAAGUCGCCCACCGUGGCGCGCAUCGACCGCGGGAACCCGCCCCCCAUCCCGCCCAAAAAGCCCGGCCUGUCCCAGACCCCCUCCCCGCCCCACCCGCCCAUCAAAGCGGCGGGGGACAGCGGCCGCUCGCCCGGGGCGGGGCUAAAGCCAGCCACGCCCCAGCUGCCUCCAAAGCCCGCCAUGGACCUGGUCCCCGCCCUGCCGGCCUCUCAGGUGGGUGCCCCCCCGCCCCCGGCUGCGGGAGGCGGGCCCCGGCGGCAGCAGCCGGCAUCAGCAUGUGUAGAGUGUCCCCCCCCCAUCAUCUGCCCCCCCGCUGCCACCGCUGUCAGUAGUCCCUCCAUACCCCCCCCCUCCUCAUCCGCCUCACCCUCCAGUAGUGCUCCAUGCUCCUGUAGCCCCACAGCCCCAGCAGACUGCCCCCUGGCACCAGCAUCAGGCUGGCGUCCCUCCGUAGCGUCCUGCCGGCGGCGGACUCCCGGCGGCGGCCCUGCUGACCUGGACAGCCGGAGCCCCGCCCUCCUCCUCCAAGCUGCUUCCCAGGGAAACGUCACUUUAUUGUCAAUGCUGCUUAACCCCCCCGACCCGACCGAGACCCCCCGACGCGACCCCCCCGACGCACACGACCCCCACCCCGACGCCCCCUACGACCCCGCCCACCCCGACGACCAUGACCCCGCCCCCUCCUCCCCGGAGCCCGAGCCCCGCCCCCCGGAGCCCGAGCCCCGCCCCCCGGGCUCGGAGCCGGACCGCGUGGCCCGCCGCCCUCCCCCACCGCUGCAGGACUCGGCCCUCGCUGCUGCCGCCCUCAACGGACACCCAGAGUGUGUACAGCUGCUCCUGCUCUCGGGAGCGUCUGCUGACUUCACAGAUGAAAAUGGAUUCACACCUCUUCACCUCGCCGCCGCACACGGCCAUCGCAGCUGUGUAGAGGCUCUGCUUGAUGCCGGGGCCCCAGUGGACCCUGAGGGCCCCGGGGGCCACACCCCCCUCCACCUGGCCAGCCAGGCCGGCUGCCCCGACUGUGUCAGGGUCCUGCUGGGCCGCGGGGCGGACCGGUCCCAGACCACCACCGACGGCUGCACCGUGCUCCACGCCGCCGUGCGCUCCGGCCACGUGCCGACCCUGCGCCUCCUGCUCUGCCGUCCGCUGCCCGGCGAGCCCGCCGCCGUGACCUUCGACCCCUGCAUUCUGGCGCUGCCCGCUGACCUCCUGAACAGGGCGAACACGGACGGCUGGACCGCGGCGCACACCGCAGCCUCCAGGGGCCUCAAGGAGUGUUUGGAGGUCCUGUGUAGCUACACUGAGCAGGACAUUGAGAGGAGAGACGAGUGUAACCGGACCAUCCACGACGUCGCCACAGACGACUGCAAAGACCUGCUGGAGAACCUCUACUCCUACAGGGUGCUGCUGUGUCUGCAGAGCUCCACGGGCGGGGGUGCAGGCUGCCCCGAGCCCCUCUGUCCCCUGGACGGGCCCCGGGCCCCGGGGUCCCCCAGCCUGGUGGCCCUGGGCCGUCUCCACGUGGACCGGCUCACGUCCUGGGAGCAGCUGGGCCUCGCCCUGGGCCGCGCCCUCUCCUCCCACCUGGGGCAGGUGUGCUCGCCCGGGCCCGGGCCCCCCCCGCUGGGCCUGGGGCCCCGGAGCAUCUCCUCGGUGCUGAUCGGCGACACGGUGUGGAUGCCAGGUCAGGAUCUAUCCCCCUCUCCUUGGGACCUGGUCCGAAAGCCUCACAGCCACUGCAUCACCAUCCGCCUCAAAGGCCUAUCGGAGAUGUGUCUAGAUGAGCUGGCUCUGGAGUCUCUUCUACCACUGCCUCUGCUCAACAACUACAUCAGACUGGUGGAGCAGUACGGGAACCUCAUCUUCCAUGGAGUGGAGGGCAGCUGUCAGGAGCACAUAGCCAAUCAGAUCGCUCGCUGCAUUAAGGCCAAACAGGAAGCCGAGGGCAGGGCCUGUGAUGUGAUCAGGGUGGAGGUGGAUGAGAGCCUGACCAAAGAACAGCUGCUGGAGACCUUCAUGAGCUGUGGCUUCCUGGUCCCGGCGGUCCCGGCGGUCCCGGCUGACGUCCCGGCGGCUGCCGGCUCGGUGCUGGUGCUGCUGGAGGGUCUGGACAGGACCCCCUCCCUGGGCGCGCUGCUGGGAGACCUGUGCCACAGCCUGGACAACAGGGGGUCGGCCAGCCUGGCUCUGCCCACAGGUCCUCACUACUUCCGGGAAGGCUGCUUUCUGAUUGGCACAUUGUCUAAGCCACACCUCCAGGGCUGUGAGCUCCGCCUCCAGCAACACUUCCGAUGGGUGACCCUGCGCUGGGAGCAAGAGCCGCUGCACGGCCUUCUGGGAAGGCACCUCCGCCGGAAGCUGCUGCACAAGGUGGGGACCGGGCUCUGGGCCCCUGCGGGCCUGAUGGAGCGCUCCGUGCUGUGGGUGUGUCAGGUGUGGCAGCAGCUUAACGCCUGUGUGUCCCGUCUGGGCUGUCCCGAGGCCCUGCUGGGCCCCCAGCUCUUCCUGUCCUGUCCUCUGGUCCCUCACACGCCCCAGGCCACCACCAAGUGGUUGGGGCGUCUUUGGAAUGCCAUCAUCGUGCCGCGCGUGGAGGAGGCCAUGGUUUCCCGGGUGACAGCCGGGCGCCCGUCUCCAUCGUCGCCCAAGAAGACGUCUCCUAGCAACCAGGGCCUGAGUCCCGGGCAGCAGGCGGUGGUGAAAGCCGCCCUCAGCAUCCUGCUCAACAAGGCUGUUGUCCCGGGAUGCCCCCUGCCGAGAGCCGAGCUCGACCCGUACCUGGUGGAGUUAAGGGGCGGGACCUUCCCCCUCUCAGCCAUUGGUUCCUGUAGGGGAACCGGUGGCAGUGAAAGGAAGGGGCGGGCCAGCGGCAUGUGGCGACGAGCCAAUACCAGCCCUCGAAAGAAGACGAGCUCGUCCUCCGGCUGGAGCAGUGGCGGCUCCUUCAGAGAGGGCUCACUCUCCAGUGUUGAUGUCAGUCUCACCAACGGCAACAACCAGAGGACUGCGGCCGGGGACUCUGUCUGUCCGUCUGUGUUUUCAGACGAAGAGACGGACCUGAUUCGAGAGCUACAGAGCAUGUGCACCAGCAAGUCAGAGCCUGACAUCAGCAAGAUGGUCCCGACCCCCGUGGACGACAUGAUGGACCUGCCCAGUCCCCCUCCAUGCAGGGGGCUAGAAGACAGCCCACAGCCCCGCCCACAACCACACAGCCAGGAGACCGACGGCCCCCGGUCCGGCGUAGCCCCCCCGGCCAGCGCUCCCAGCCCGGCCCCCCAGAGCCCCCGGCGCUCCGGCCCCCGGCUCAAAUCGCAGCUCCCCGUCCCCAGCAGCAGGGGGCAGCAGACCCGCCCCGCCGCCACUACCGCCGGCACGCCGCUCGCCGACACCGGGGGCGGGUGUGGCCACGCUGGGGACGGGGGUAGCGGCGUCACGGGCGCCGCAGCUAGCCGGGGACACGCCCCCUCCAACCGCAGCAAAGCCAGACCGGCCGUCGCCAACGGCAACCACAGCUACCGCGAUAACGAGAACAACAUUGUCAACAACAACAACGUCAGCCAGCAGCAGCCCCCGGACGUCUGGAUCCUCCACAAGGACGCGCACGAGCACCACAAGAAACGAGACGACUGACCCCCCCCCCCCCCCCC